AUCUAAGCCGGCUUGUCUCCCAAUCGUUACUACAUAAAUUUGGGAGGAUAAAUAUUACAAUUUUAUAAUGUUUGUUUGAUUUAUAUGUAUAAAAUUUUUAACGUUAUUUGUGGAAGAAUAUUUUAAUGAUACAUCUAUAUUAAAUAUGGAUCGAUCUGAAGGAUACAGUCGGGAUAAAUUAUUAAUGUGUGAAAAAGAUCUCAAUUUAGGAUUAACGCAUACCCCAUAUACAGUAAAUAAUGGGAAUAUUUCGGAUACUUUCGCGUCCGUACGUAGUCUACGGACGCGAAAUCAAAGAAAAGUGUACCCAAUCAAAGUGAGACAAAAACGACAAACUAUGCAAACUAUGACUCGACCACUUAAACAAUGGCUGUGUUCGAACAGACAUAAUCCUUAUCCCAGUAAACGGGACAAAGAAAUCCUCUGUAACUUAUCUAGUAUGUCUCUUACGCAAGUUUCCAAUUGGUUCGCCAACGCUCGACGGAGAUUAAAGAGUACUGUCAAAGGGGAAGAAUUCAGUUGGUCGUCACGAGUCAAACUGUAUAACAGUCACGUGGAGGGCAACGCUGAGUUGCUAAGCAUAAGUUCAGAGGACAGUAUAUUCGACUCGGAUGAUAACACAGAUGAUGGUCGACAGAUUCCGAAGGAAAAUCAGCAAGGACAAAUUGAACAAAAUGAACCGAUGGAAGAUGUCGUUCCCUCUAGAUCUCAAACUCCCACAAGGGGCCCAUUGUUAGAGCACGACUUUAUAGGGCCCCUUAAAACGCAGCACGAAACAGGAUCUCAAAAUAAAUUCAAACAGACUAUUUUACAAAGAUACUUGAGUGAUACCAAUCGCCAUCAUUCUGGGCACGCGCAUAGUAACCUUGAGAUGGACGUAUCUGCAUUUACAAAAACCCGAUCCAGGCGACCUUCCGGUUCAAUUGGAUCACGUGAUUAUGAAGAAAUGUCUACGUCAUCAGGGGUUUCGUUGAAUGAUAGUUAUAGCUAUUCUUAUUUCGAUGUUUCAGACAAUUCAGAUGAGUUGGAAUCUGCAGCGAGGCGUAGGCGCAUCUCAGGGGACGUACAUGGCAGGAAUCAAGACGAUAUUCACUUGAAAGAAAUCAGCGCUGUAAUGGCAUUGACCUCUCUCGCGAGAUCUCGUAGUAGAUACCCGAUUAUGUAGUCACGUGAUUAUCCUCCAUAUUUAAUGCAUUCCAUAUGCAUCUGUGCCUAUGUUACAAACUAGGAGGACUAUAUAUUGUUCUUAAUUGUUUAUACGUUACUAUGGUUACAGGAACUGCAGGGAAAGUGUUUAAAAUGUUUAGAUUUUAUUUUUAAUGUUAUUUGUCAAACGCAUUUUAAGCAUGCGCAAUGAAUGUUGUUUUGAAGAUAUGCGUGAAUGGUUGAAGAUAGUGUGUGUCUGGGAAUGGAAUAAAUUUUUAUUGUUAUAGCAACUAAAUUUA